AGAAACUACUUACAAAUUUGAGAGACACCAUCCCCUCCCCUCAUCUCUCUAGAACUUUCCUUUCCACCGCCUUAAAUAUACAUCUUCUCUCUCCUCCGCAUUACAAAAGGCACUCCACACAAGAUCUCAAAGCUCUCAAAUUUCACUCAAAGCUCAAAUUGAUCAACUAAAUUCCGUUAGAUUGCGUCCAAUUCCAAAACCCAAUUCUUGCAACUCUCUGGGAAUGUAAAAGAUCCUCACUUUGAAAGUGAGAGCACGAAUUGGGGGUGCGCGAGAAACAGAGCAAUACCAUGGAUGGAGUGGUGGUGAAAGAGGAAGAGAUUGUGACAUGCACUGUUGGUUCAUCAUCCUCUUCUUCUUCAAGCAUCUCACCUCAGCCAAUUGAGGGCUUACACGAAGUGGGCCCUCCCCCUUUUCUCACAAAGACCUUUGAAAUGGUGGAGGACCCUUCUACAGACGCGAUUGUCUCCUGGAGCAGAGCUCGCAACAGCUUCGUUGUUUGGGACUCUCAUAAGUUCUCCACCACUCUUCUUCCUCGCUACUUCAAGCACGGCAACUUCUCCAGCUUCAUUCGUCAGCUUAAUACAUAUGGUUUUAGAAAGGUUGAUCCUGACCGAUGGGAAUUUGCAAACGAAGGGUUUCUGGGAGGACAGAGGCAUUUACUGAAGACCAUCAAGAGGAGGAGGCAUGUGUCACAGAGUAUGCAACAAGAAGGUGGAGGAGGAGCUUGUGUUGAACUGGGCCAGUAUGGACUGGAGACUGAGCUUGAAAGAUUGAAGAGAGACCGAAAUGUUUUAAUGACUGAAAUAGUGAGGCUGAGGCAGCAACAACAAAAUUCAAAAGAACAAGUCAUGGCAAUGGAGGGUCGGUUGCAGACCACAGAGAAAAAACAACAGCAGAUUAUGGCCUUCCUUGCUAAAGCACUCAAUAGCCCAUCUUUUAUCCAAAACCUUCUUGAGAAGAAGGCUCAGAAUAAAGAGUUGCGUGGUAUGGAAAUUGGUCGAAAGCGGAGACUAGCAGCUAGCCCCAGUGUGGAGAAUCUGCAAGAAAAACCUAAAACCCAUGUUGUGGACUACUCAGCAAGCCAAGAUCAGGGAGAGUUGGAAACUAUGGGAUCGGAGAUUGAGACCUUUAUCUCAGCUGCUGCAUUGGAUAAUGAAUCAAGCAGUGAUAUCAUAGACCCUCAUUCAAGUUCAGUUGGUGGCAACUUAGGCAUUGUUAAUGAGACUACAUGGGAGGAGCUGUGGAGCGAUGAGCUCAUUGGUGGCAAUCCGGAGGAAGACGUUAUUGUGGUGGGCGAUGAAUCAGAUAUCGAUGUCGCGGUGGAGGAUUUGGUUGCAGAGCCAGCAGAUUGGGGUGAGGACUUGCAAGAACUUGUUGAUCAAAUGGGUUAUCUAAUCAGGUCCAAGCCUUGAUGAUAAGAAAAUGUCUGUGAUGAUGAAGUGGUUGUGUGCUGAGUUGGUCCCUGCAACCCCAUUCCUAUCUUUAAUCCUUAUAUUGCAUGGGGGAUGGUCAAAGUUGCAAAGGGGCCAACGAUGUAGUAGCUGUUUUUUCAGUAUCCUUUAAUAAUUAUUCAUAUCUAGUGUGUUUAGUAUUUUCUUGGCACUUUCAAAGUUGUGUCAGUGGUUUUGAUUUGCUGUUUCUUCUUUGAUGCUUUGCAGGUGGACCGGCCGAUGGAUACCUUUGAGGGGUUCCGUUCCUUGAACUUUAUACUUCUGAUAUAGCUUCAGAUUGCUGUACCCAGUAUACAUUUGUUCAUUCAAGUUUGUAUAUUUAGCACUUAGCAGUUAAGUCAGUUUUCUUGUAUGCUACUAUUGGAGACCUGGAGUGCAUGAAGUUAGUUUCUCUACAAAAGAUGAGAAAGUGGUUAUUGGUCAGCAAAUGCCUUUCAUUGAGUGCUGCAGAUCCACUGCGUUUAAGAAUUUCUGCUUGCCAAUGUUGAAGAAACUUCUCGCCACCUGAAAUUAUGUAAAUGUAAAAACAGUUGAUUGUACAUGUCUUGUUCAGGGCUGCUGUGUAGCUAGCUGUUCUUUUAGCUGAAACUGUCACUCUUCCUUUGAUGCAUAAAUCUAUUUCCAUGCAA